CGGGAGAGGGCGGUCCGUGGCUUGAUUCGAGUCUUGGUCGCUGCCGGGAAAGAUGAAUUUCAUACAUACUAAAGCAUUUUUAAGCCCCCUAAGUGGUUUCUUGAUUUUGCCACCCCCAACCCAAGAAGAGAGAAGCAAAACCUUCAGUUGCAGUUUAGAUGACCUUCCACGCUUGUAUGUCAUUGGCAAUAUACAAAAUGUGAAUAGAAAAAUAUCUACGUUAGAAUUGGGACUGAGAAGAUAUGACAGUAGUGAUGUGGUGAUUGAGGAUAUGAUGCACAGGAAAUAUCCAGGGUUGAGGAGUCCUAGAAAAGGAAGACGUAUAAGCAGGGGGAAAGAGAAGGAUCAGGCCAUGACACACAAGUAUGGAAGGCUUGGUUCGGAUGCAGAAACUCUACAAAAUAAAAAAAAAAUAGCUCAAAAAAAGAUGAUCACAGAAAAGAAUAAACUUGUAGAGUUGUAUCAUUACCCAGGAUAUCAUGAAGAGGAAGUCACACCACUGCCCAACGGAAUAGACCUGAAUGAAAUUUUGGAGAAAGUGAUUCGUGCUCAGAGUAAAACUGUAGUUGGGAAGACGAAAUGGGCUGUGAAAAUGCUGCAUAGGUUUUUUGACACUCCAUGUUCCCGAGCUGUUUUGCUGGAUAGUUUCUGGUGGCAAUUCCUGCACUUGUAUCAUCCAAAUCAAGAAAUUCAGGGGCACUUGUUUGAACGCAUUGCAGACAAUUAUGCCCUCAUUCUAUUAGGUGACCACAGGGCUUCCAAUCAGGAAUGCAUCCUCAAGUUUUUUCCAUCACUACUGAGCCAAGCUGUGUACGUCUCCUUCUGCUCCUGUUUCCCGAGAUCCUGGUUUAAUACUUCUGAAUUCAAGAUGCAGCUCUGUGAUGUAUUCUUCGAGUGGCUGGGAGGUACACGGCAUGAACCAAGAAGUUUCUAUAAAUGGGAUUACUCCCAACUGGAACCAGAACGGUCAAGGAGAGAAGAUCUGAUGUCAAGAAAGAAAAAAAUAGGCAUGGGUAUAUCGUUUGAGAGCUACAAGCAAUACAGUUCUAUAGGAAAGACUUGUUUGCAGAAGAUUCCAUCAAGGAAAACAUUUACCAAAUCUACAAAAAAAGGCAAAAAAACUGUACCUAGGAAAAAAGAUCAAAAGCAGCCUUCCAAAAAAGUUACCACAUUGGAAAGUGAAGGUAACAUCUUCAGAAUUUUCUAUAAUACCAGCUUUAAUACCAGCGUGACUUUGUUUUCAGACAUACUUAUCAAAUGUGUGCUCUUUUUAGAAAUAAAGCAAAGUACAUCAAUUAUUGACCAACUUAAAGAGGAUAAUGAGAAAGCUGCAUGGAGCAAACACCAGAACUUACCCAAAAAGAAACUAAAGAUAGCUAAACUUCCUCGAGAGUCACACCCUGCUUGCCCUGGUCCCGACUUUACGUGGCAUCGCUUCAAUAUUAGUGGUAAUAGUCCACUAAUUCAACAUUACUUCCAGAAACGUGGUAUUGAAUCAAAAUCAGGAUGUGACAUCUUUCUUUCUAGGAGAGAGAUAGACAAAUCAAUGCCUGAUUCUGCCAAAACAUAUGCAGAACUGAUCAAGGAAGGUUUUCAUACCGUCCAUCAGAAGCACAAAGCCUUCAGAAAAUAUUAUUGGCAGCGAUACAAAGAAAUGAGGAAAUUUGAUGAACAGAACAAAUGUAAUCAGGAACUUUACAGAGAAGCUAUAAAAGAAGAGAUGAAAAAGAGAAAGGCACAAAAGCAAAAAGAAAUGCUUUCUUUCAGGGAACGGCAGAAUAGCUCGGAACCUUCAUCCCUGUUUUCAAGAGAUUCAUCCGGGAAACGCCAUAGUUAACCUAGAUCUCUCCUUUUGAACUGAUAUUGGUUGAAUUCAGUGGAAGCAUGUUACAGGAUGACAAUUUAAAUAAAAUUAAAGAACCUAACUUUGGUACUAAAUGUAAACGUAUUGCUAAUUAGAAAUAAAUGAGUGGUACUACAUUAAGGGGGAAGAAUAUGAUUAUGUUUUGGGAAUGUUACUGGAUAUAAUUUCUUUUAUUACUUUUAAAUAUGAUAUGUAUAAUUCUUUCCCAUUACGUUUGAUUUUAUUGUUAUAUCGGUUUCAUUCUUGUCCAGUUUAAAAAUAUACUUACCCUAAAUUGGAUUAUCUGCAGCUUUAGGCAAUACUUCUUUUCUUUAGAGUUAUAUCUAAGUUUGGAAUGUUUAAUUUGUUAACUGAACUCUACAUUUUAGCUCCUAGUGAAACUAAUGUGCAAGGUGUUAUUUUUCUUUGUUCUUCCAUAUUAGCCCCAGUAAAUGAAGUUUAAAAGAGCAUCUCUUUUUAAA